AGCGAGGCUGAAAAUGAGGCUGAGGUUUGGAAGCAAAAGUUCAAGGAAUUGGAAUCAUUGACGUCACUGCUGCGAAAGAGUUUGGUUUUGAAAAGUGCAGAACAGCCAUUUGAUGGGAAGAAAUCUGAUGGGAAUUGUCAUAUUGUAGCUUUUGGAAACAAAGCAAGUGAAGCAAUUGAAUCAAAAGAUGGAUCACACGUUGAAAACACCUUGAAUGACAUGAGAGCCAUAGCCAAAGCAGUAGGUUUCAUGGGUUCUGGAUCUACUCUGAUUUCCCCUGGUAAAGGUGCUGGAAAUCUUCAAUCAGCAGGGACACCUUUUAGUGACACACCUUGUAAGCAUUUCACUUCUGAUGAGGGAGAUUAUAGCAGAUUGCAGAAUAGUAAACAAGUUAAAAGACAUCUGGGAUUUCAAGAGGAAAGAAGCCCAAGUAAACAGAUGGCUCCAUCUACUCCGAAUGGUGCUAAACCUGCAUCAGUCAGCAUAAUUGAUAUUCAUGAUAGUGAUGAUGAACCUGAUUUGGCCCCGUUUACAAGUAAGCAGGAAUACAGUAAGGGUAACAUUUCAAACAAUAAUGAACUAGACGGAACUGUAGGUAGUGGGAAGCAAAACAGGACCAUUGGUGGUCAGAAGCUAGAGGAACAAGUGGGUAGUUGUGAAGAUAAUGUUCCAUUUAUUUCAGUUUCCAAAAGAAAACGAGCCUUGAAUAUUGUUACUAGUGACACAGAGAUUGACGAUGAUGAUAAUGUUCCAAUUGGUAGACUCUGGAGGAUGCGUUGUGAGGAAGUGGUUUCUGACCAAACAAGCACCAAAGCCAAAGGUUGUCCAGUGGCUGCUAUCCCACCAGGGAUUGAUAAUGUCAGAAGUACUGUAACUCCGCGAAAACGGAGACUAGUAUCACUGAGACAAUCUGAAAGAAAAAGUGAGGUCAAAAAUUACUCUAAGAAGACCAGUGAAAAUGAAUGCUGCAAAGGAAUCACUAAAACUGAGGAUGUCGAAGCUGACAGUUCAGAAGCAUUUGGAUCAGAUAGUGAGAGUGAUAGUCUGAAUGGAUUUAUUGUUGAUGACUCUGCUAUCGCUGAUGGUGACAAUGGCUGUAGUGAGUCACAAGGUGGUUCUGAUUGCAACAAUGCUCAUAGUGGGUCAGAAGAUGUUUCAAGUGGCAGCAGUGCAUGCAGUGGCUCAAAAGAUGUUUCAGAUGAUGAAGUGGACUUUGAUGUGAUUCUCUCUCAACUUAAAAGGAACAAGGAUCAUAAAUCAGAUUGGAAGUUUGAGGGAGAGCUGCUUGCAGCCUUUGGCAAGGAUCUGGAACUGUGCAUGAAGGCUGUAUGUGCUCUCUACCGGCAGCAAACCUCAGGGGAGAAACUUUGGAAGUCAACGUUCUUACAAAAUCAGAGAGGUUUUAGUAAAUUUGAUGCCCACAGGGGCUGUACUUUGGCAGAGUUUUUAACUGAUGGUGAUCCACAAGGUGAUCUAAAGAAAUCUGUGAGGGAGUUGCAAGCAUAUGAUUCAAAUGCAGUUGAGCUGUGCAGGGAUUUGGCAACCCGCUAUUCUAAGCAGCUGUUUGAGAUCUACAACAGCAAAGAAGAUCCUUAUUUUCGGCCUUCAGGUUGCCCCGCAACAAAUUAAUUCAAAGAUGACUCAAAUUGAAAACCAGGGAAUGUUGUUUUUGGUAAUUUAUCCAUUCUCUGCAAGGUACGAACCCGGUAUCUUCUACUGUUGCAUGAACAUAUGUAAUAUAGCAAAGCACAUAACCAGCUUGCAUCAGCAACUUUUUGAAUGUCUGUGUGGAACAUAGGGCAUAUUAUAUAUAAUCUUAAUCUUGUAUUUAAUAGUAGGUUACAAGUUUUGGUUUCUGUUGUUUUUCGCCAACGACGUUGGCUAUAUGUUGAUAAACAUGUUAGAAGUCUCUGCAAGUAGGCAGCUACAUUUCAAUCAAAUAAUGAUGUGUUUAGCAU